AUGUCUUCAAAGGAUAGAUUACCAAUAUUCCCUUCCCGAGGUGCUCAGAUGUUGAUAAAAAAUCGUUUGGCUGGAGCACAAAAGGGUCAUGGACUUCUUAAGAAAAAAGCAGAUGCUUUGCAAGUGAGGUUCCGUAUGAUCCUGAGUAAAAUUAUUGAGACUAAAACUUUGAUGGGUGAAGUCAUGAAGGAAGCUGCAUUUUCAUUGGCUGAAGCAAAAUUCACAACUGGGGACUUUAAUCAGGUGGUUCUCCAGAAUGUUACUAAGGCUCAAAUUAAAAUUCGAUCAAAGAAGGACAAUGUUGCUGGAGUAACCCUUCCAAUCUUUGAGUCGUACCAAGAUGGUUCAGACACUUAUGAGUUAGCGGGUCUGGCUCGUGGUGGACAGCAAUUGACCAAGCUUAAGAAGAACUUCCAGAGUGCUGUGAAGCUUCUGGUUGAGUUGGCUUCACUGCAGACAUCUUUUGUUACUCUUGAUGAGGUGAUCAAGGUUACCAACAGACGUGUUAAUGCUAUUGAGCAUGUAAUCAUACCGCGCCUUGAAGCAACUCUUGCCUACAUUAUCUCCGAAUUGGAUGAAGUCGAGCGUGAGGAAUUCUACCGGCUUAAGAAAAUCCAGGACAAGAAGAAAAUCAUCAAAGAUAAGGCUGAAGCUAAAAAAAAAGCUUUGGUGGCUGCCGGUGUGGAUAUUCGUGGCGAUAUCGUAAAUCUUCUGGAUGAAGGCGACGAGGACUUGCUCUUCUAA